AUUGUCUGAGUGAGUGCUGAGUUGUCAUUUCGGAAUUCUCCGGCUCAGAGCGACACCAUGGCCAGCAGCUUUCUCCUUCCGCCCAACAGAUUUCCGCUCAGCGACACUGUCAUCGGAGGCGCCGUACAGCGUGUCGCCCCACUCCAUAACAAUAACUUCGUCGGUUAUAAACGUCAAGCCACCAAUGACAUCGUGGAGGAAGAAUUCUCUUUGGAACCGAAGAGAGAACGGAAGAUGAAGGUCUCCGCUAGUCGACGCGAACGGUGCAGAAUCAACCAGGCCAGAUACAGACAGAGACAACGCGAGCAUGCAAACAAACUGAACGCAAGUAUUCAACAGUUGCAAGGCGAGAUUGCAGACCUGGAAGCUCAGCGACAACUAAUCAUUCGUCGCACACCAACGGAUGAGAGUGCCUGGAUCGUAGCUACCGAGUACUUCCGACUCUUCCGUCACGGAUACAUGACGCCGAAGUUCGCACCGGAGUCAACGUCGUCGUCUACACCACCACAGAAAAUCCGUCAACACGUACAGCUCGACUUUCUCAAGGCGAGUAUGGCGUCGGAUGUGACGGACGGGGUCAUUGGUGGAGCGGAGGGGAUCCUCGAGAACUGGAGACUCUUUUCCAUUUUCCAUGGCGACGUUAACGUUCAGCUCAAGCGACUUCAACAGGUCACAACAGAUUCACUACUUGCCACUAUGACCAUCAGUCUGACAAUCACCGGGAACACACUGCAUCAGUUGUAUCCGCAUUUGGUCAGCGAAGACGAAGUAUCACCGCUUGGUACGAGAUUAUUAAACCAGCGUCUUGUAAUGCGUGGUUCCGUACGCUUUGAUUGGGAUGAGGCUAGUAAUCGCGUGGUGCGACUCGACUCUAAAUUCGACAUGCUGACGCCGAUGCUGCAGCUUGUGGGUACCUUAGAGAACGUAGCGAGUGUAUUUGGUCAAGCACUGAUCACCCCAGAGGGUAAAUUCCAUAGCAGCCUUUAGUUAUUAGCAUAUUCAAUUCAGUACAUGUAGUAUUAUCAUGCU